UGCCAAGACAAGAAGUACACUAGUGCUUUUUGAAACACACCUCAGCUCCCCUUAACCAUAUUUUCUACUAUCCCCCCAUUCCUCCGCCCGCUCAACCGCGGACCAUGAAUCAAAACAUCUCUCCCAACUUAUUAUAAUGAAUACAACGAGAAUUCUUCGCUCCAUCUACAACCAACACAAACUCCCCACCCUCCAUCGCUUCCGCAGCGUCGCGCGCUUUCCCACUAGCAUCGGUCGCGCUUCACAUCCCGCCAAGUGCCUGCAUUUCCACCCGUUCCGAACCACAAUGAGUGCCUUGCAGAUCCCCAACGAAGACCGGCCCAUACAGCCAUCAAAACGUGACCCCACGAUGGAAACAACUUAUAACACUGCCGACGAACUGGAACGGCUCCUCCAAAAGGAUAAAUUCAAAACCUGGGGCUUUGUGAUUUAUCGCUGCACAUAUCAAAGCGACUCUGACUGGGAAAAAUUUAUGACUCGCUUUCUCUACCAUGUCACUGAAAAGCUUGAAUUCUAUAACGGUCUGGAUCUCUUAGACAGCUUCGCCCCUAUAGUCUUUGAAGACAGAUAUUUUGACGGCGCGAACACCGCUCUUCUACGCAAGCACUUCCAAGAGUGGGCUGCGACCGCGCCACAAGAGGAGCAGGGCAUUGAUCAUGCUCACUUUGCACAGUCAGGUCGGUAUCGGUUCUUUGUUAUGGUGGACCAGGAAGCUUUAGAGUCAGUCCUAGGCGCUCCUGAUCUGGAUGACUGUAAUGAAACUGGGUUUGUGCGCCUGGUUAAUGGGGAUUGGAAGCCGGAGGAACUGGACGAGGAUGAAUUGGCGGAGUGUGGGAGAUCUGCCCAGUUGCAAGAGUAUGAGCCUUUGGAGGGAUGUACUUUGGAGGAUGUCGGUUGGAUGAAAGUACUUUAUGAUGAUGCAGAGGCGUGGGGGUUCCUGCACAUCUGUACUUCCAUAGACUGGUUGACAUAUUACCAGCGUCCUCCGGUGAUUCAGAGGAACAUGUAAUAUAUAUAGGUGGGAAGGAUAAUAGUUCCGGCCAAUUAAGAUAGGCAUGUUUGUUUUAUUACUUUUUUAUCUUAUUCUUAAGCUCAUUUAUUAUUUGUACCAAGAAA